GCUUGCUAGACCUUUGGGAACAGAACUCCAGAACAGAGAGGACUUGCAUAGAAACCUAAGCAUGAACUUGAUUCUCCUGUCAGCCCUUUUAACAGUUCUCCAUAGCUUUGCAGUAGGUAAACCUGUCCAGGUGGCCACAAGAAACAAUGAAGCAGAUACAGUUCUAUAUGAGAGUGACAUUGUCUUGAGAAGACAGAAACGCAGUGCAAUGAACUGUGACUGCUUCUGGCCCAAGUCCCAGGAUGGGCUAGUCAAGAUUCCAGUUAAUGUCUCUUCAGAUUUUUCUGUGACGGAGAGAGCUUGGAUUGUUGAAGCCAUGCAGGAGUUCAAUACAUUGACUUGUGUCCAGUUUGUAAAUCGCACAACUGAAAGCAGCUACAUAAAAGUUGUACCUGGCCAGAACUGCUGGUCUUUCUUUGGAAAGAUUGGAGGAGCCCAGACGGUGGCCCUGAUGAAAAAUGGCUGCAUGAGUAAAGGAGCAAUUCAGCAUGAACUGAACCAUGCACUGGGCUUUAUACAUGAACAGUCCCGAAGUGACCGGGAUAACUAUGUUAGGAUUAUGUGGGAAUACAUUAUGGCAGGGGAACGGGAGAACUUUGGGAAAGUGAAUUCCAAUAACCUGGGUCUUCCUUAUGACUAUUUCUCAGUGAUGCACUAUGGCGCCUAUGCUUUCUCUAACACCUCUGGGAAAGCGACUAUCAUACCAAUUCCUGAUCCUUCUGUACCCAUUGGACAGAGAUAUGGACUGAGUAACCUGGAUGUGGCUAAAAUCAAUAAGAUCUAUAACUGCAAUCGCUGUAGCAGUGUACUUCCUAAUGUUAAUGGCACCUUCUCCUCUGCCAACUACCCAUCUCCAUACCCAGACAAUAGCAAUUGCCUCUGGCUCAUACGAAUUCCACAGAACAAGGUUUUCCUGCAGUUUCAAGAAUUUGGCCUUCAGUCUUCCCCAGACUGUGCUUCGGACUACGUCCGCAUUUAUGAUGGAAGCAGCAGAAAUGCCCGGGUCUUGCUGGACAAGUAUUGUGGGGUGGCUCCAUUACCAGCACUGGUGGCUUCUGGACACAUGAUGCUUAUAGAGUUUGUGAGUGAUAUGGCUAUUGCAGGAACAGGUUUCACAGCCUCCUAUAGUCAUGUGAAAUGUGGAGGUACUUUUACAAAUGCAUAUGGGGUCAUUACUUCUCCAAACUACCCCAACAAAUAUCCAAAAAACCAGGACUGUUUUUGGAUUGUCGGUGCACCUCCAGGAUACCAGAUAUUUCUAAAAGUGGUUUUCUUUGAGUUGGAAGAUAUUGAUGAAUGCCGGUAUGACUACUUGGUCAUUCACAAUGGAAGCCAGCCCACAUCCCCUGCUGUUGGCCCAUACUGUGGGACAAUGAAGAUCCCAGAAUUUACCUCGACUGAGAACUUUGUGCUGGUAGAAUUUCACAGUGAUAUAGUUUGGGUGUUUCAUGGAUUCAUGAUUAAUUACACUUUUGUUACGCCAUCAUGAAGAAAACCAUAGAAGAAAAAGCUGCUUCUUCCCCAGUGUCAGGAAGAAAGACAAGAAUCCUCCGAAGAACAUAGAUUCUUCUCACUCUUCAUCAUUUGCCUGAAAUAUUGUUUUUUCUAUGCACUGGUUAAUUUUCACUAUCAGCAUGAAUGUUUCAUUAUCUAAGGGCACGUCUACAUCUCGUGCUAUGUCAUCAUAAUGACAUGCUAUAGUGAUGUAGCAAGCGACGCACUCCCCUGUAAAGCUAUGGUGAAGUAGCGGCUAAAAAUAACCAUGUGCCAUGUGUAUAGUGCAGCACAGGCAGUUACUGCCCCAUACUUUAGCACUUCCAAAAGGAAGGACUAAAGCAUGGCUCAGUAACAAUGUCACCAUAGGGCCAUGUGUAGACAUACCCUACAUGUGGGAAUCUAAGCCAUGAGCCUGGUAAAACUAUGACAGGAGGAGGUGUGGAGCAGUGGAGCAAGGGUGUUGUGUUAUUACCACCAGAUACAGCCCUAACAAAAUCCUGCUGUGUGGGAGUUGUGAGGUUUCACCAUAUUGCAUGGGGCUCCCUCUUUGGAUGCACACUGUAGAAGAAAAAGGUCAUAAAAUCUUCACUUUACCCUAUGUUGUUACAGCUACAGCAGUUGACUGGUAACUGGGGAAGUGACAGGGGACAUGGGGCAGGAUUGGAGUGUCCCUGCAUUCUACCUUUUCCUGGCUGCCAGAGUGUCUUCUCUGGGCCUUAGGUCACUGGGUGCAAUAUAGUAGCCCUAGGGUGAAGACUGGGCAGGUGGUGUGGGGGUGUAGUCUCUCAUUUUAUCCACAACAGAUAUUUCCCUAGACUAAAGAGUGCUCAACCUGCUGAGUCGUUAACAACAUCAUUAUGGUCUGCAGCACGUUGCCUCUUCUGCAAUGAAAAGCAAUUAAGUUUGAAAGAUCCCCUCAAACAUUGCAAUGGAAAAAUAUUCCAUUUUGCAACAUUACUACCAGAAGAUAGAUUUAAGAUGAAUCAAUUUUUUCAAGUACUUCCUGGAUGGCCCAAGGGAGAUCUUCUCUUUUAGAUUUUAUUAUUUACAGUGGGAACAUGAGCAUAGGUUGUUCUCAUUAUUUGAUCAUCUCUUUGCUUCCAGAGACCCUUUUAAUAAUUUAUUCUGUAUUAAAAUCCUGCAAGUGCCAACAGCGCUAAGCAGGAUAGAAAUCAAAUCAUUCAGGCUGGAGUGACUGUGCACACAAAGUCAUGUUAAUACAAGAGCACGGUAGGGCACCAUCCUAGUGCCUCCCUUCCUAGCACAGCUUGGUCCCACAUGCAUCCACACCUUGUAGUUUCCUUUGGUUUCUGGCAAUAGUUUGGGCACAGUUCACAAUCUUUGAGGUUGUAACCCCUGCUUGGGGUCUGGGUAUGAGAACAAAGUUCACAAGUAGACAGAAGAGCUAGCUUCUCCCCUGCCCCACUUGGGUCAUCCAGGAAGUACUCGUCUGCUGCUCCCUCACAUGUCCAUUUCCUUGAAGAGAUCUUUUAUGGAACAGGGUUAUCUAACCUGUAACUGUGUCAUAAUCCCUUAAGGAGACCGUGAUGGGAAGUGAGUCGAGUCUGCUAAUAUGUGUUAAGUUUCUGAGCAUGUCCAGUCAGGGUUAGAUUCUGGCUUCUGUUCUCACCUCUUUUUGCUUCUCUAGCAGUACAUAUCAAAACUGGAUUAACAAACUUCCUGGAUAUUCUCUUGGUCCAAAACCCUUGCAGAGUGUGAAUUAUAUGUUGGUUGUUGAAUAAAGGACAUGUCUGAGGCAUGGUCUGGGGAAGAUGGCAUGUGGCUUGGAACCUGCAGCCUUUAGUUGAGAUGUGGUGACCAGGAUAGGAACUGUAAGAGGGAAUAUUGGCCUUUAAUGGUAUCACAGAUUCAUUCUGCUAUUACAUGAAGCCUAUAACAGGAUAAUUAAAGGAGAACAGCUUAGGAAUGGAGGCUGUAUCUAAGAUCUUGGCAUAGUAGGAACCCUAAGAGGCUGUGACUAUUACUGGGGGUGAUUUCUUCAGCCUACAGCUUGGGAAGAUGUUUAAAGAAGUUGACUAAUAGGCCAAAUAACAUUCCUAGAAAACAGCCAGAUGGCUGGGUAAGGUGUCCCAUGGAAAGGGAUGUUUGUUUAAUCUCAUAGGCCAUGUUCAGAUGAGUGAGCACGUGCCUACUGCAGAGUCUUAAAGCAGUUUGAGAUGCUGCAGGAGGCACACCAUGAAUGAAAAAAUGUUACCCGUGCUGCAUAUUUGUAGUGCAGACUCUGAAUUUGAAACUGGGAAAUCCCAGUAUCAAAAAAGAACACCCUGGAAAAAAGCAGCACAGCACGCUCUCUGGGAAGCUGGGUCCUCCAAAGAGAUGCUCUAGCUACGUGCCCCUGCUGCUCCAGCCUGCUGCCACGUGGGUGGAUGUGUGGGGAGUGUGAGGGGGAUGUGGGGUUUGUGGGUGGGUGUAUGGGCUUUGGGGGGGUUGUGGGUGUGGAGGUUCUGAAGUGGGUUUGAGGGGAGCUGCCACAUGCCCACCCCCCACCUCCCUGCAGCACACAUGCCCUGAUGCUAGCAGCAGCAGCCAGUCAGGCUAUUGGGGCACUCAUGGCCCACUGUAGGCACAGCCCCACAGUGGCAUGGCAUUGCCUGAAACCUGGGUUCUCCACACGACGAAUGGAGCCAGACAGGCCUGGCCCACUGGUAUGCACCUUCAAACAAGACCAGGAUGGCUCCUGCCACCACCUGCAGCUCCUGGCACUGCACCCGGGAGCUGUGGGUGGUGGCAGAAGCUGUCCUGGUCCUGUCCAAGGCAUGGUUUGGUGGGCCAGCCCGGGUUGGCUCCAUUCAUCGUGUGCAGCCCCUGGAUCUUAGGUGGUGCCACACCACUGCGGGGCUGUGCCUACAGUACACUGUGAGUGCCUGGAUGCUGCUGCCAGUGCCAGGUACUAUGCACCAUGGGAGGGGUAGAAGGGGAGGAAGGGGGGUGUGGUUGUCCCCCCUCAAACCUCCCCAACCCCCCCCAAAUCCAUACAUCUAACCGCAACCCCACAUCCCCUAAUACCCACACCCACACAACAACUGCACACCCACCCCCCUUCUGCAAACCCUACCCACAUCUCACAUCCUGCAUGCCCAGCCACCAGACAGGAUGGGACCUGCUGGUGUGAGAUGUGGAUGCAGGGGCAGCUGUCCCCACAUCCUGGUUAGCAAAGGGGUUGGGGAAGCUCUAAUUUUUCUAUGAUAA